AUGACCUGCCAGGCAUUUAGCACCACUGAUUCCUUCACGACCCUCAGCGGAGACUCGGCUGCCCUGCCUCUGCUCAUGCACCACACGGGACCCUCCGAGUGCCUGCCCGUCACCAGCCACACCAACAUGAUGCCUUCAGGUCUCCCACUGGUACAGUCGUCCAAACGCUCCCAUAUGCACCUGUCCACUUCUGCUUUGGGCAAUGCAUCAGCCAGCCUGCACUACCCAAUGCCUCCAUGUCACUAUAGCAACCAGCAGACCACUUACAACAUGAUGGCAGCACAGGAAAUGCUCUCUGCCAGCAUCUCCCAGACUCGCAUCCUUCAGACCUGCGGUGUGCCUCAUGCCAACAUGGUGAACGGAGCCAACUCAUUACAAGGUGCUUUAGCUCCAUGCCUGUAUAAGUUCCCUGAGCACAGUUUGGGUGGAGGAUCUUGUGCAUUGACCCACGGCUUUACCCCGCUGCCCCAGGCUCUCCUCACUGAUGAACCCACUCUGAGCGACAUCAAGCAGGAACUGCGCAGGAAAAGCCGGCCACUGGAAGAGCCCCUGGAUAUGGAUUCUCCUCAGAUCCGUGAACUGGAGAAAUUUGCAAAUGACUUCAAACUAAGAAGGAUCAAACUGGGUUACACACAGACCAAUGUGGGUGAGGCAUUGGCGGCCGUUCACGGCUCAGAAUUUAGCCAAACCACCAUCUGCCGCUUUGAGAACUUGCAACUCAGUUUCAAAAAUGCCUGCAAACUCAAAUCCAUCUUGGCCAAGUGGCUGGAGGAGGCUGAACAAGCUGGUGCUCUUUUUAACGAAAAGAUGGGCAUGCAUGAGCGUAAGCGAAAACGGAGAACAACCAUCAGUCUCGGGGCGAAGGAAGCCUUAGAAAGGAAUUUUGUGGAGAAGAGUAAGCCUUCGUCUCAGGAGAUCGUACGUUUGGCAGAGGGUCUGCACCUGGAGAAGGAGGUGGUCCGAGUGUGGUUCUGUAACCGCAGGCAGAGGGAGAAGAGAGUCAAAACCAGCCUAAACCACAGCUCAUUUAUGACUAAAGACACGGCAGCUUGUAGGCCCUGA